UGCAGGGCAGCUCGCGGGCCAUGACCGUUGCUGGGCUUCGCACCUCAACCGUCGUUGAUGUGUUUUGCUGAUGCCGCUUUCUGGCUUUGCUGACAGGCAGGGCGUUGUGCUUUCGGGCCAUCUGUUCUGAUUUUCGCCAAGCAAAGUGCUUGUGAGUGGCUGGUGCUGGGGAAAAAUGACGGCUGGGGGCGGGGAGAAAUAAAAAAAGUCUUGGUGUCCCAGCCCCUAGCCUUGUUAGAGUCUUUGCACCCCCACCCUCAGCCCAGGAAAUUCUUUGGCUUUCCUUCUCCCCCAGCUCCAGCAUCUGCAAACUCAAGAGGUUCUCAAAAUGUCAACGGUGAAGGAACAGCUUAUUGAGAAUCUGACUGCAGAAGAUAAAGCCUCCCAGUGCAAGAUCACCAUUGUUGGAACUGGUGCCGUCGGCAUGGCGUGUGCUAUUUGUAUCUUGCUGAAGGAUUUGGCUGAUGAACUCGCCCUUGUUGAUGUUGCAGAGGACAAACUGAAGGGAGAGAUGAUGGAUCUUCAGCAUGGCAGCCUUUUCUUUAGUACUUCAAAGAUUACAUCUGGAAAAGAUUACAUCGUGUCUGCAAACUCCAAAUUAGUUAUUGUCACAGCAGGUGCAAGGCAGCAAGAGGGAGAAGGUCGCCUUGCUCUGGUCCAACGUAAUGUGAAUAUCAUGAAAUCAAUCAUUCCUACCAUAGUCCGUCACAGCCCUGACUGCAAAAUGCUUAUUGUUUCAAAUCCAGUGGAUAUUUUGACAUACGUGGUUUGGAAGCUAAGUGGCUUACCUGCGACUCGUGUAAUUGGAAGUGGCUGUAAUCUCGAUUCUGCCCGUUUCCGUUACCUCAUUGGAGAGAAGUUGGGUGUCCAUCCCACAAGCUGCCAUGGCUGGAUUAUUGGAGAACAUGGUGAUUCUAGUGUGCCUUUAUGGAGUGGAGUGAAUGUUGCUGGAGUUGCCCUGAAGUCUCUGGACCCUAAAUUAGGAACUGACGCAGACAAGGAGCAGUGGAAAACUAUUCAUAAACAAGUCGUUGAAAGUGCCUAUGAGAUUAUCAAGCUGAAGGGAUAUACCUCCUGGGCUAUCGGACUGUCUGUGACAGAUCUGGUAGGAUCAAUUCUGAAAAAUCUUAGGAGAGUGCAUCCAGUUUCCACUAUGGUUAAGGGCUUAUAUGGAAUAAAAGAAGAGAUCUUCCUCAGCAUCCCUUGUAUCUUGGGGCGGAACGGCGUCUCGGACAUUGUGAAAGUGAACUUGAGUUCUGAGGAGGAGACCCUUUUCAAGAAGAGUGCAAACACACUGUGGGAUGUCCAGAAGGACCUAGUAUUUUAAAGCCGUCCACUUUCCUGCUGUCUCAUAGAAAAGAAGAUAGUAGGCUGUAUAUUUUACGUUUUGAAAAUAUUUUUAUCUGACCUGUAAAAUAAAAAAAACCAACAUUGGA